AUGGAGUACCACCAGAUUACAUCAAGUGUACCUUUGUUCCCUUUCUCUCUCGAUGGGAAGGCUGCUCGCUGGCUAGAUUCCCUACCAACUGGAUCGCUCACCACAUGGGAACAAGUCAGAUCCGCUUUCUUGAGCCACUUCUACACAAAAUCAAAGACGGCAGCUCUGAGACAGAAGAUCGCCACCUUUAAACAGCUGGUAGAUGAGCCGUUCUGCGACGCAUGGGAGCGAUUCAACGUCUACCGCAGGGAGUGCCCACAUCACGGUUUUGAAGAAGAUUAUCUACUCGGAGUUUUCUACGAUGGAGUAGGUUGGGAGUACAGGAAUGCUUUAAACUCAGCCAGUAAUGGAGAUUUCAUGACCCAAUCCACUCAAGGCGCUUUCGCGUUAAUUGAGAACAUGGCCUCAAGCUCAGCUGACAGCAACCGAGAGACUGACCGCACCCAAAAGGUGAACAGCAUCGACAAUAACAAAAUAGAUGAGCUCUCCGCCAAGGUCGAUCAGCUGAUUAAGAGUAAUCAGAACCAUGUCUUCAUCAUGGAAGAGUCUCCUCAGGAUAAAGGAACCACAGACACUACAUCAGAAGCGGACCAGGCGACUGAGGACCACCAUGAGGUUAGCUAUGUUAAUGGGCAAGGAUGGCAGUUUAAAAACUAUCACCCGAACCCUAACGUGAGGAACAACCCCCACCUGUUCAAUAACCCUAAACCCGAUGGUAACGCAGAAAAUGCUCAAGGCAAUCAGGUUCAGAACAGUGGCUACCAACGGGGGUAUGGAAAUCAAGGAAGAACCUUUGUCCUCAGCCCAGCUCAGAAUACUCAGUUCCACAACCAGAAACAACCGACUAACCAGCAGCCUGCACAGCCUGCUCAAACUGCUCCACAGGACGAGAUGAAGAGUCUCGCCAAUAUGAUGAGCCAGCUGCUCCAAGGACAGCAGAUUCAGGGAAAAGCACUGAAUCAGAUGGAUAUUCAGAUUGCUCAGACUGCUGAGAGUGUGAAGAGACAGCAAGGCACUCUUCCUGGAAAAACAGAUAAAAAUCCCAAGGAGUGUAAUGCAGUCGCGCUUAGGAGUGGGAAGCAGUUAACUGAUCUGGCACCCAAGAGAUUCACAACAGCUGAAAAGGGGAAGCAGAAAGAAUCAGAACAGCCACCUGUAACCGCACCAGCAGACGAGGAAAGCAGAGCUUCCUGCUAA